UCAACUAUAUGAGUCCUCCUCCUUCUUAUGAACAGCUCUGUCGUUCUAUCGCUUGAAGGGGUCCUGUUCCCUAGUCUUGGCAUGCCCAAUUUCAUUGCCUUCAUUUAUUGGCCCAUGUAACACAGGGCUUCUUGUUCCUAUACACUUCAGGUUUCCUUUCUACCAUUCGUUAAAUUCAAACCAGCUGUCUUUCCAUGACGGCUUCAGUGGCUCCAUUCACCAUGGACUUCAUUCAUCCUCCAAUUCCCGGCCAAGUACAUCAGUACUAUGGUUCUAUCCACAACACACAGUUACUUCUUCCGGCCAUUACGGACCAUACCAGCCCUAAGGUUUCGCCGAAGCCAAAACCUAAGCCAAAGCGCGAAUCAACAUCCCUAUAUACUGCUGCUUCCAAUGGCAAUUUACAAAAGUUGAAGGAGCUGUUAAACGAGAACAACAAUGUCAACCAGGAUCAACCCAUUACAGGUUUGACUUUGCUGCACUUUGCUGCAUCACGCGGUCACUUGGAAGUAACGCGAUCCCUAUGCGAAGAGUAUGGGGCUUUGACUGAUAUUGAGGAUAGAGAAGGAGAGGUAAAUAAGGGCUUUGAUUUUGUGAAUAAUAGGCGAAAUCUAUCGCGUUACAUAUAUUUCAUACAGGAUCAGUCAUUUCUCAUUUUUCUUUUCUUUUUUGCAUAGACGGCCUUGCUGAAAGCUGCAUAUAAUGGUCAUUUUACAGUGGUCCAAUACCUGGUUCAAGACCAUCAUGUUAAUAUUCAUCACAAGGAUAAAGAC